GCAGAACGGUAUACCAUGGCGGCCACCAAUCGAAAGUCGCGAAUCGCCAUCGUCGGGGGUGGUUUGGUUGGUUCUCUGGCAGCUUGCUAUUUCGCAAAAAGAGGCCAUUCUGUGAACAUUUACGAGUAUCGCGCAGACACCAGAGUGGAGUAUUCUCGAGGCCAGAGCAUUGACUUGGCUGUGUCGAUCAGAGGGCGGGAAGCUUUAAGGGCAGUUGGUCUUGAAGAGGCAGUGAUCAGUCAUGGCAUUGCUAUGCAUGGUAGAAUGAUCCACAACAAGGAUGGUACCCUGAAGGACAUACCUUACGAUAUUGUAAACGGAAAUUGCAUUUACUCAGUCAGCAGACGACGCUUAAACAUAGUUCUAUUGAAUGCUGCCGAUAAAUACCCAGAAGUGAAUCUUUUCUUCAACAAGAAAGUGGUGGAUGCGGAUUUAGAUAAUGGGGAGCUGAAGAUACUAGACACGAAGACUCAAAGAACAGAAGAGGUAAAAGCGGAUUUGAUAAUCGGCGCCGAUGGUGCUUACUCGACUAUCAGAAGAGUAAUGGCGAAGAGGCCGCUGUUCAACUUUAGUCAAACAUACAUUGAACAUGGUUACGUCGAAUUAUUCGUCCCCAUUGGGAAAAAUAACGAGUUUGCGAUGAGUGGUCAGCAUUUUCAUAUUUGGCCACGGGGACAAUUCAUGAUGAUAGCCUUGCCUAAUGACGACCAUACAUUCACUGGUGACAUAUUCGCCCCUUUCUCGACGUUGGACAAGUUGAAGACGCCGCAGGAUCUCUUGAAGUUCUUCGAAGAGCAAUUUCCGGACCUACUGCAAUUAAUUGGAAGGGAGAAGAUAGUUAAGGAUUAUUUCGACAAGGAACCAAAGACAUUGAUUACUAUUAAGUGCAAACCAUAUCACGUUGGAAAAACGCUUCUCGUUGGGGAUGCUGCUCACGCCAUGGUGCCUUUCUACGCCCAAGGAAUGAACACGGGUUUCGAGGAUAUUUUAUUACUGGAUGAGUUAAUGGAACGCUACGAUUCAGAUUUCAGUUUGAUUCUUCCAAAGUUCACGGAACUUCGAUGCGAGGACGCACAUGCUAGUUCCGAUCUUGCCAUAUACAAUUAUAUCGAGAUGAGGGAUUUGGUAACGAGGAAAUCGUUCCUUCUUCGAAAAAGAUUAGACACGUUCCUGUAUAGACAAAUUCCAAAUACAUGGAUACCACUUUAUAAUACGGUUCACUUUUCAAGGAUGAAGUUUCGCGACUGCGUCGCGAACAAGGAAUGGCAAGACAAGAUCGUACGCAGGGCUGGCUGGUGUACACUGUUCUUGAUUUUUGGAAUACUGGCGGCUCCUGUAGUUGACGCAUUUGCAAGAAAGAGCAUUUCCUAUUGAAUACAAAUAAAUAAAGUGUACCAUUACCUGGAUGUAGAAGUGUGUCCAUUGUUUUUGCAAUAAGAUAUUAUCGUUUAAUAUUAUGGCGAUCCUUUCAAAAGGAUCCUUAGAAAAUGAAUUAUACGUUUAAGUUCCAUACAAAUUUUAAUUCUUCUGCUAUAUUUUUUUUACUACAGAGGAUUAAUUAAUUAUUUAUAUAUUUGGUUUAUUUGUAAAUGUCUAUUUGUAAAUUUGGUUUAACAUUUUCAUUUAUUACUAUUUUUUUCUGUACUAAUAAAUAUUAAUUACGAAAUAUAUCAGCUAAAAAUGACACAUUCAAUACUCCCUAAUCAAAUUCUUCAUACAAUUCUUCACUAAAAUUUCUAGAAAAUAUUUAAUAGAUAAUAUUAUUAAACCACUAAAUAUCCCCAUAACAGUGUCUCCAAACACUAACUACAUUCAAAGUAUCACAAAAUACU